AUGGCAGGUCAGUGGAGGAAUGCCCAAGGGCCUCUCUUCGUGUUCCAUGAUGGCCCUCCAUACGCUAACGGUGAACUGCAUAUCGGACACGCCCUGAACAAAAUUCUGAAAGAUAUCAUAAACAGAUACCAUGUGUCGUUGGGCCAUCGAGUUCAUUACAUCCCCGGAUGGGAUUGCCAUGGUCUGCCGAUUGAGAACAAAAUCUUGCAGAAACUUGGCAAACGACCGCAAGAGUUAGAGCCAGAUGUCAUCCGGAGAGAAGCAGAGGCAUUCGCAAAACAGGAGGUGAAAGUGCAACAGGACCAGUUCCGACAGUUUGGGGUUAUGGCAGAUUGGACGCCAGAAUCGACUUAUCGCACACUAGAUCACGACUACGAGAUUAGACAACUACGCAUCUUCCAGAAAAUGGUCGAGAAGGGUACGUCCCUCCUUCAGCCAUGCAGUCAGCGCGCCAACUCCCUGCCAGGUCUCAUAUACCGGCAUUAUCGUCCCGUCUACUAUUCGCCAUCCUCGUCUUCUGCUCUAGCAGAAGCAGAGCUGACCUACAAUGUCAAGCAUGUCUCAUACUCCGUCUACGUUGCCUUCGAACUGGAGCCAGAUAGCCCACAAAUGAGCGCGCCGCUGCGUACACUCAUCGCGGGGCGAAAAAGCGUGCGCUUACUUGUAUGGACGACGACGCCAUGGACUCUGACCGCGAAUAUGGGAAUCGCUGUUCACCCGGAAAUGAUGUACAAGGCAGUGGCCGCGAGUAGCGACCCAACAGCCCCCAUGGAUAUAUUCGCGGUGGAACGUGAAGAAGCGUUGGCGAAAUAUCCUGAAGUUAUGAGUUCCAAGAUCCCCAUCGCCGAGUUCCAAGGUUCUGACUUGGCUGGUUCAACGUAUCGUCCCAUCUUCUCGUCGUUGCAUGGGCCGUCAUCAUCCUCGCCGCUUCCCAUUAUUCCCUCUAGGCACGUCACUUCGGAUUCAGGUACGGGCCUUGUUCACUGUGCGCCUGCACAUGGUGCCGAGGACUAUACGGUCUUCCGGAAUCUCGGAUUGCUUUCGUCGUCUUCAUCCCUUGGUGAUUUGCUGUGUCAUGUCGACAUACAGGGGCAGUUCACAGAGGGUGUGCAGGAUGUAGUUGGCGAAAAGGCCGCACAUGCCCUGGUUGGUAAGGAGGUACUGGGAGAAGGCGGGAAAGCGAUCGUUGGGCUGCUAGAGAAUGCUGGAGCGCUGAGAAAGAUCGAAAAGAUCAAGCAUCGUUAUCCGUACGAUUGGAGAACUGACAAGCCCGUUAUCGUCAUUGCCACAUCUCAGUGGUUCGCUAAUAUCGACCAGAUCAAAGAAGAUGCCAUCGCCGCGCUGCAAGACGUAUCGUUCACGCCUGCUCAAUCACGUAAUCGGCUCGAAUCUUUCGUUCGUUCGCGCUCAGAGUGGUGCAUCUCCAGACAGCGUGUGUGGGGGGUGCCUAUCCCGUCCUUGCAUCACAUUCCCUCCGGCCGCGCCGUGCUUGACGCCAACAGCCUCAAUCACAUACUCAGUAUUCUCCUGGAGAAGCGCACCGCAUAUUGGUGGACUGGGCCUGUUGAGGAAUUCGUUCCUCCGGCUCUCCGUGACGGAAUGGAUGCGAAGCAAUUAGCGGAAACCUGGCGCAAGGGCACGGACACCAUGGACGUCUGGUUCGAUAGUGGUACAUCAUGGUCCAUGUUAGACGACCUGUACCAGCACGAUGGCGUGCAGAGCGUCGACGGGCGGACAUAUGGUGCCAACGUAUGCCUGGAAGGCUCUGAUCAGCAUCGCGGCUGGUUUCAAAGCCAGCUUCUGACGGCAAUAGCAUCUGCCGAAAUUGGGAAACCCAAGAGGGCAGCACCCUACGGAACGCUGAUCACUCACGGCAUGGUUCUUGACGAGAAGAGCAGAAAAAUGAGCAAGUCGCUUGGCAAUGUCAUCAGCCCUAUGACGAUCAUUAACGGUGGAACGAACAAGAAGAAAGACCCUGCAUAUGGCUCAGAAGUCCUUCGGAUGUGGGUAGCAACCGUAAAGUUCACUGAGGAUAUCCAGAUCGGGCCACAAGUCCUCGCAAAUUGCGCGGAGGCUUUGAGAAAAAUACGGAAUUCGGCUCGCUUUAUUUUGGGAGUCUUAGAGGAUCAGCCGCUCACGCACAAAGUGAAUCGAGAACAGUAUGGCCUUGCCGAACGCUAUGUGAUGCAUGAAUUGCAUAAACUGGACACGACGGCACUACACAGCUAUGCAUCGUAUGACUUCGCAAGAGUGGCCAAUGCGCUGUUGUACUUCGCGAAUGUCACCCUCUCUUCGCUUUAUCUGGACAUUACCAAGGAUUGCCUCUAUGCGAACGCGCGAGAGAGCGUCGAACGCCAGGCAGUGGUCUCGGUCCUUGAACGGGUUCUGGUGACAAUGACGUCUGUCAUCACGCCAAUCCUGCCAUAUCUAGCGGAGGAAAUCCGUACAACGUGGCACGGAGUGCAAGACAAUUCGGUUUCAGCAAAGAUAUGGGUUCCAGUUAGCGCAGAGUGGGAGGAUACGCAGGCUGAAAGCGACAUGAGCGAGCUUAUCCGCGUACGGAAUAAAGUACGGGUUGCAUUAGAGCGUGCCCGGAGGGCCAGUCAGCUCAAGAGCUCUCUGGAGGCGAACGUGAUACUGUCCCUGCCUAAAGGUGCUAUGCAAGAUGCUCAUGGUCUGGUCUCUCUCUUGCGUCGCGAAGAGCACUUCCUGAAGACCCUGUUCAUCGUCUCCGACGUCAAACUAGCUGACGGAAGCAUUCCCACGUCUCAUCUGGGAUCUUGGCACUAUGCAGAAUCGAUGCCAUUGCCAGACCGUGAAGGCUCAGUUGAGAUCACCGUCGUCCCUGCCGCCCAGAGCAAAUGUCCGCGUUGUUGGACUUUCAAUCGAAAAGAGGAGGACACCCUGUGUUACCGAUGCUCUGACGUCCUCUCCGCAUGA